GCGAUGACAACUCCCAGUCCAUGUCAGAUGGACUCCUCCAGAAUCCCUUUCCGCGGCGUCUUUCACAGGCAUCCCUGUGCAGUGCAUCCUUGUGCAGCCGGAGCGAGCUGCGAGUUCCCAAAGAGACGCCGCCGAUGCCCUCGGAUCAUGAUGGAUUCACGAGAACCUGCCUGACAUCCCUGUUGGAUUCACACGAGGAAUUGCGGGAUGUGCUGGUUCAAAUGUGCGUGAAGCUGGAGCAGCUGCAACGAACCCUUGAGAUGACGCCAGAGCGAGUGAGAACUUCAUUGCACUCAAAGACGAUGGGUAUAGCGACCUCGUCGCAAUCAAUGAGCAACGAUCACAUCCGAAAGCACAAGAGUCAGAAAUCUGAGGCUGCAGGUGAAGGAAGAAGUGCGGCAGUCAGUGUAUCUAGCAUGAAUGUGGAUAUGUUUGCGUUGAACCUCAAACACAAUCAGAAAUUGCUCUCGAAGAAGAAAUCCUUCAGCGUCAGCAAUCUGGCCUACGAUAAACCGCGAAAAGGCGCCUUGAAGAGGCUGAACUCUCAGGCCGACGCCAGCACGCGAAGACUUUCGCAGGCUUCUGUGAAGGUGGUCGCCCCAGAAUCUGAGGAGAACUCCGUGGCCCUUCCGGGCUGUUUCAGACUCGAGGCUGAGGAAGAAGGUGACUGUGAACUGUUGCCGCGCUCCGCCGAUGAGGAUUCGAACUCCGUGGACACGGUGCGAAUUGCGGAGUCCCCAAAUUCGCCGGCGGCGGAAAGCAAUUUCCACCCCCACGAUGCACGAUCUUCUGUGGGCUCAAUGGCGCGAUCAGUCUAUGCUUCAGUCGAGCAGGGGGAUGAACUGUGCAUGACCCCUGUGGUUCUCAACGACGUCUUCGCAUCCGGCUCAGCUGCCAGGCAGGACAUCAAUCGGAGGCGGCCGAGCGCAAGUUUAUCGGUGCCGCAUGGGGCUAUCAGGUCGGGCCACGCAACGACGAUGCCCGGUGGUCUUUCCUUGAAUGAGGAUGUGUCCAAUCAAGCAUCAGGGAGAAGCGCGCCAAAGAGCCCGCAACCCUCCAACAGCGACGCUCGAAGAACCUUGACCUCCUUGGAUUCCCUUCGUGCCCAGCACAAUGUGAAGGUGCUCGCGCAGCAAUCUGAGAGGUUGAAUCAGCAGCAGCCUAUCAGUGAAGAUGGUGACAUGGAGGAAGCUUACGAGGAGACGCUGGAGGGCCGAUCCAUGAUUUGUGCCGUGAGCUUCGUUCUGAGCCUCACUGGGGUGUUGGAUGCGCGGCCAGGACGCUUCUGGAAGUGCUUGGCACAUCUCAGUUUGGCGACCACCUUGAGCCUGGCUGUUCUGCUGCUGGUGCUGGGUGAUGAUGAGUUCAGAUAUGUGAACCUCAUGACCAAUGCCUACGCAGUGGGCGUGGUAAUCAGCGUGCUGCUGCUUCGUUGGGGCAGAGCAGAAGAGGACUCCUUAGCAGUGUUGCUUGGCCCUAAGGAGUUCCAACUAGAUGAAUAUGCCUGCAAACGAGGAUUUAUCGAAUCGAGCCGGCUCUUGGGGACGCUGAGAGCCAUGUGUUUCCUGGGACUUUGGGCUCUGAUGGUGGCCUCAAGGAUAUUGUCAGGUUACUUCGGGCAACCAGCGACAGGGCUUCUACCGGGCGAUACCACCCAGGACCUGGUGUCGCUUGGAAGCUACGCCAUGGCCAUGCUGGUGACGAUUGCCAUCAUCUACGCGCAACUGCAUGUGGCAUCGGGUUUAGAGCUGGCAGUGGACAUGUUCAGCGCCCACUUCUUCGACACCAAAGAUAUCUGCGCCGCCAUGGAUGAGUGGAACAUCCUGCAGGCCUUGAUCAGAUGCGCCUCAUGUCGUAUCGAGACCUCCUUCAUGGUACUGGGCGCCAGUUCUUUAGCAACGCUGGUGCUUUUGGCCACCGAGUUAUGGACGAAGCCAGAGCUGCUUCAAAAUCCCCUGCAAGCUGUGUUUUGGCUUGGUUGGGUCUACCCACCCGUGUUGCUUCUUCUGUACUCCCUGACGCGCGCCGCGGCGGUGUCCGAGAAGUGUUCCAGGGUGGCACCAUUUAUCAACUCCUGGGAUUUUCCUUCAGAGGAGGAGGAGUACUACCAACAAUGGUUGCACGAGGGCCGGCAGUACAUUGUCCAGUACAUCAUGCAAAGCGAGGCUGGAUUCUAUGUGAAGGGUGUGCGACUGAGCAACUUCACUGUCAUGAAGCUGUGUUAUGGUUUUGGCGCGUUGAGUUUCGCGCUGCUGUCGCACACCAUGACGACGGUGUUGGCCGAUGCAGUGAAGACUCGAAGCUGA